AGUGUUCAGUCAAUUUGUGAUUUUAUACGAGUAAUAACAAAAGUUCAAAGUGUUUUAUUUCAAGAUGUUAAAAAUUAUUUACGCACUUCUUCUACUUCCGUUUGUUGUGCAAGCUGAGCUUCGAAUUGCCGAGUGUAAUUACUACAAUCAUACAUUAUUCGGCUAUUCAUGUGAGGUUGCAAAUUUUGAAUUUAUGGCUGGUGAUGGGGUUCAAAUCACUGGGACUCACAUGCCUGGAAAGAGUUUCGAAAACGUGAUGUUCGUUGAAAUUCUUAAUUCAACAUGUCAAGUUCUGCCACAGCAGUUCUUCAUCACGUUUCAAAACCUGAACAGAUUUUAUGCUCAAGCUGUGGAAAUGUCGGCAUUAAAUCCGCUUUCAAACUGCGAAAGUCUUGAAAAUUUGUUCUUAUCAUCGAACUUAAUUGACAUUAUCAGAGCUGAUACGUUUGCUGAUUGUGGAAGAUUGAGAGUUUUACAUUUGCAAAACAACUUGAUAAGUACUGUCGAUCGAUGGGCAUUCAGGGACUUGGAAGAUUUACAAGUUUUGUUCUUGAAUGACAAUGAAAUUGAAGUAAUUAAUCCUGACUUAUUCACUACCGUUCCCAACUUACUUGAUCUAAGUCUUAGUGGAAAUCGUUUACCAACUCUUAACGUUCGGACCUUUCAACCGAUUCGCUAUCUUGAAACAUUGCGAUUAGCACGCAAUCAAUUUGCUAUUCUUAACGUCAACAUUCUGCAAAAUUUAACUCAGCUAUCUACACUUUUACUCAAUGGUAACCAAUUUGAUAAUUUUCAAGCAAACUUCUUCCGUCACUUGCCUAAUUUGAGACAUCUUAACAUUAAUGAUAAUUUGCUAACUCUUGUUCGGCAAUUGCAAUUUGAUUCCAAUCCGAGACUUGCAACUUUGACAAUGGCAGAUAAUCUUAUAAAUGAGCUUCAUGCCAAUGUGUUUUUACUUAAUGUAAAUUUAGAGAUACUUGAUUUCGGUAACAAUCAAGUUAUAACUUUGCCAGGAACAUUGUUGAGAGCAAACUCACGUCUCAUAUCUCUUGGCCUUCGACGAAACGGAAUUACAGCAAUUCAAAGUAAUUUCUUCGAUAAUUUACCAAACUUAAGGUACAUUAAUUUGCAGUCGAACAUCUGCAUCAACAGAUUCUUUUCAAUUCAAAGACCACUGUCAGUUGAUGUUGCUCCAUAUUUGGAUUUAUGCUUUAAAAAUUUCUAAAAUCUUCCAUUUUUUGUUAAAUAAUUUAAUAAAAAUUGGAUUUUUGUAAAGAAUUCUUUUCAUCGAUUAACACAAUAAAGUUUUUCCUAAUAAAAUUAACAAGAUG